CACUGAUUGGUCGAUAAACCACCACGCAAAGCAACUAAACUUUUAAAUUUGUUUAAACAUUCUUCUGUCAGCCUCAAAUAAAUUAUCGCGACGAAAUUCUUCCAUUUUUAACACAAUUAUUAAUUAUCGAUGUGUAGAUAGUGAUCUCAAAAUGGAGUUUUUAUUUAAAUGAAGAGAGGGGGUAGUUUGAUUGCACAGUACUCUUGACACAAAUGGAGGUUAUGAUUGUCUAUUCAUUUUCAUUUUUAAUGAUUUAUCAAAUAAGCGCGAUUUAAAUUGUUUACGGCAACCCUUAAACAGUGUUUCUCAUUAAUUUUCCAAUGCGGUUGCUUCAAGUUUGAUAUUAUUUAUAAAAACAAAUUAAAAUGAAAGGUGGUGGUAGUUUUUACAAAUAGCACUAAAGAUGAACGGUGUAAUGGACCGGGCCGGACACGCUCAGGGAAAUGCGAAGCAGCCCCGAAAUUACAAGCUAGUCGUCGAUCCCUUCCUCGUGAAGGGCAACACCAAGUUGUACAGGUACGAUGGAAUCGUACCGAACGACGCUAGCUAUCCGCCGGUGGUGCCGAGGGAUCCGCGAUCGCAUCUCACUCGAAUCUGGACGCGCUUGGAAACCUUAGAGUUGCCAGUGCCAAGAUUUAAAAUAGACGAGAACUAUGUAGGCGAUCCGCCCCCUUUGGAGGUGACCAUUUCGCAUCUCAACGACAACAUCGACAAGCAGUUCUUGACGGAUAUCGUUCAGAAGUUCGGGGCGAUCGAGGAGCUCUUCAUUUACUACCAUCCGUUCACGAAUAAGCAUUUAGGUUUGGGUCGUGUCAUUUUCGAGACGACCGAGGGCUCGAAGGCGUGCGUCGAACGCCUCAACAACAGCAGCGUCAUGGGCAAAGUGCUUCAGGUCUUUCUCGAUCCGUUCGGCGAGCAGUGCAAGAAGCUCUUCGACGAGCUGACGAUCGAGAAGAAGCCGCCGGUGCCCGAGGAGAAGGUCAAAGAGCCCGAGGUGGUCGCCUCGAAGCCCGAGGAGGAGAAGAGGGUCGAGACGAAAGAAAAGGCGCCGGUCGCAAAGGAAAAGGAACGGAGCAAAGACGACGAGUAUAGUAAAUCGCAUUUAAAAGACAGGGAUCGCGGUCGGACGGACAAAGAGAGGCAGUACAGCCGAAGUUACGUGCAAAGUCGGAGCGAUUACACACCGAGCAGCUCGGAUAUGGGUUACGGUACCGCGCCGAGCGACUUCGGAUACGGAUCCGCUAACAGCACACCACUAGCCUACGAAUACCCGCAUAACCUACCGUUGUCGGCGCAGUACCCGUACGGCGCGUACCACACGAUGAACGCGCCCCAGCUGUGGCCGAUGCCCCCCCAGCAGUGGUCGGCCGAGGCGUGGGACAGACUGACGCCGACGAUGGCGCCGCCGCAAAAGUGGCAGGAGAGCAGUAGCGCGAGUUACAUCCGCAACUCGACGAGCGAGAAGGAGAUUAAAACCGUCAGGGAGAGUAAAGAAAAGGAGCGCGACUCGCGGGAACGAGAUAAAAAGAAGAAUAGCGCGACGAGCGGCAAGAAAAAGGAGAAGGAGAAAGAGGAAACCAAGCAGGAGAAAACGCUCGACUUAGAUACGAGAAUAGCGCUAUUACUUAAAGGGAAAGGUUCCGGGGGACUGGCGCCUCCCUUUUUAAAUAUCGGUGGGGAAUCGGAGGAGGAAACUAUGAUUAAACCUCAGCCUAUUCCUAUUCCGACCUCUAUCGAUAGUGAUGAUGAUCUAAACCUCUCCAGAUCUUUCCAGAGCAUUACAGAGUUUUACAGAGCGCUGGAAGCUGAUCCGGAACGGGCACUAUCAGGUAGAGACGGCCAAUAUUCGAUGGGUUCGCCAAUGCAGUUAAGAACUAAUCGGUCAAGUGUUUCGUUAAGCGACCUACCGAUAAAUCCCCCUCCGCCCGAUACCGACGCGAACCCCACGGAAACCCCGGACCAAAACGGAAUACUUUCGACCACACCCUCGCCGUUUCUGUCACGCGACGUUUACCUAAAAUGUCACCGAGACGGCGUGGAGCACGCGUUGGUCGCGAGGCAGAAGGAAGUGCUGGAAACGUCGGCCUUACUAAAAAAGAUAGAAAUGGACAAAAUUGGUAGCGACAUAUCGUCGAGCGAAGACGAACUGUUAACCGGAGAGCAUGUAGAGAACAAUUAUAGUCCGAUUUACCCCCAGACUUCGACGAAGAACGACAAGGACGACGAUCAGAUGAGUUUGUCUUCGUUGAGCAGUAACGAGCAGAAAAUUGAGGAGUCUAAGCUCGACGCGAUGCCGUCGAGUAUUUCGACAUUUCCGGGCACCACGUUCAACCCCUACCAUCAAUAUCCAGGCGUUCACGCCGCAGGUUAUCCGAGCGCCCCCUAUUACUCGGGCGCGACUUACGUUCAGACUCAAGAUUGGCGGCACGCCUACCCCUACGGUGCGGCGUCCGCGACAACGGCGAUGUACUUCCCCCACCCUCAGUACCCGCACUUCUCGCACUUUACCCCCACCCAACCGUACAUGCCCUACCAUUUGCCUCAGCGUAAAAUGGAAACGUCGAACAACCCCCACGCGCCCACCAUAAACGCGGUGUUGCAGGAGAUCACCCAGGAGCUCAAGCAGAUCCUCAAGAGAGACUUCAAUAAAAAAAUGGUGGAGAAUACGGCGUUUAAAAAGUUCGAAUCGUGGUGGGAGGAGGAGAGUACGAAGGAGAAUAAAACGGUACAAGUCGAUAAAAGUGAUAGUCAAACCGAAUCGAAAUCUCUACCCAGCAAAGAGAACCUUAACAUUCUGCUCGAAGCGAAUCGGGAGAGUUUAUAUAGCAACAUUAAUUUAGAUAAUUUAGGAUUCGGAUUAGGUUUUAGAGCCUCCCUGCCUAAGAUGCCCAGUUUUAGGCGGAAGAAGUCGCCGACGAUCGAUGACGAUUCCCACAAAAUGUCCGACGAGGAGAUCGUUCAUCACUCGGACAACGAGGAGGGAAUCUCACGAAUGAUUCGAAAGAGUUCGAGCAGUUCUAGCCUUAGUAGUAGCUCGGGCUUCAGUUCGUCAAGCGACAGCCUAAGCUCGGACGAUAGCAGUUCGGAUAGCGAGGAGGACGAGAUUAAAGUGCUGAAUAGACGGCGAAGCGCGACGCCGCAGGAGCGGUUAACGCCGAUACCGACGGGCGAGGAUACCAUGUCGCCGCUUCUCGACGAGCUCGAGACCGUCAAAACCCCAGAGCCCAUGCAGGUCGAACCCGACGAGCGUGACGUUAAGGCGCAGUCACCGGAUCGACUGGCGCCCACCAGCGAGGAGGACAUGAGCGACGAGGAGAGGAAGUAUUUGGAGCGAAGGAAGCGCAACACGGAAUACAUGGAGCAAAUCGAGAAGGAGCGGCUCGCGCGUGAGAGGGAGGCGCCCGCCGCGAGUCGCCUGAGUAGGUCGUCGGAUCUCGAAAAACACUACCAGGAUCAGUUGGAGCUCGAGAAGGAGAUGCUUUUAAGUGUCAAUCGUAAUCCGGAAGCGCCCGUCGUCAUUAAUUUGCCGAAGGAGCUCGAAUCGAAGGCGACGGAGAGUUCGGACGAGGAAAACCUCGAGGAAAGGCGGAAGAAGGCGAUCGAAAAGUCGAAAUCUUUAAAUGGUUCCUUGCAGAAAUCCGUCAGUUUAUCCGAGUCGUCCGACGGAGGUAGCACACCAAAAUCUCAGGUUACAAUCGAGCACUCGUACUGCAUACGGCCCGAAAAAGAAAACAUGGAGAUGACCGAGCUGACCAAGCAGAGUCUCGUGCACGAUCACGGCUACACGAACAAGGAGGAGGUGAUCGCGCCCAAGGUCGUGGAGAAACCGCCUCGACAGCGCAAACCCAAAGAGAAGAAGCUGAAGGAGCUGCAGAACGUAAUCGACUACAACCACCAGCUGCAGCAGCAGCAGCUGAGGAAGCCGACGGUGGUCCACGAGAUGAAACACAAAGAGCGGGAUAUGGUUACCGAGAUGGGUAUUCUCUACGAGUUUCUUACGAAGGGAAUCGACCUGGAAGAUAUUAAUUACAUGAAAACGUCGUACGAGGCGAUGCUGGCCGACGAUAGCAUAGGAUACUGGCUGAACGAUACUCACUGGGUCGACCACUGCGUCACGGACCUCUACUCGAGCCCGCCGAAGAAACGGAAACGCGACGAUCUGCGAAUACACUCGACGGGAUGCGCGCGCACGGAGGGCUACUAUAAGGUGGCCGCCGUCGAGAAGGCCAAGUAUAAGUACCAUCACACCAAGGCGUAUACGUCACCGAAUGUACCGGUCACAAAGGCUCAAGGUUUAUCGAGAGAGGCGAGAUCGAACCAGCGGCGAUUGCUGACGGCGUUCGGAAUCGACACCGACUCCGACCUGCUCAAAUUUAACCAGCUUAAGUUUAGGAAGAAGCACCUGAAGUUCGGCAAGUCGGCGAUCCACGACUGGGGCCUGUUCGCGAUGGAACCGAUCGCCGCCGACGAGAUGGUCAUCGAGUACGUCGGGCAGAUGGUGCGACCGAGCGUCGCCGAUUUGCGCGAGUCCAAGUACGAGGCGGUCGGAAUCGGAAGCUCGUACCUGUUUAGAAUAGAUUUGGAACACAUUAUAGACGCGACGAAGUGCGGCAAUUUAGCUCGAUUUAUCAACCAUAGCUGUAAUCCAAACUGUUACGCCAAAGUAAUCACGAUCGAGUCACAGAAGAAAAUCGUCAUUUAUUCCAAGCAACCGAUCGGCGUUAACGAGGAGAUCACGUACGAUUACAAAUUCCCGAUCGAAGACGAGAAGAUUCCCUGUCUAUGCGGUGCAGCUACGUGUAGAGGCACAUUAAAUUAAACGUACCAAUACAUUUUUAAAUUGAGAUGCGAGGCGAGGAUCGAUGUUUUAGAUAAUAAAAAAUUUUAUCCGAACAAAUUCUGUAUAAAGUUUGACAAUGAACGAAUGAUGAAGAACUAUUUUUUAGUAUAUUUGUUUAAUGUAAUGCUAGUGUAGAAACAAUUGCUGUGUCUAAUUCACUUGAAUAUUUAUUAUUCUUUAACAAUAACUUAUGAGGAAAUUUCAAGUGUCUAUGUAUGUAAAUAUUAUGUAGAAUAUAAGUAUUUGUAUAUAAAAAAUUUGAAUUCAAUUCUUUCGCAACAGUGAUUUGUUAAUUGAAUAAAUAGAGCUUUUUUUUA